CGGUCUUUGCUACCUCCCCCGUGCCGGGGAACCACGUGUGCAGGCCGUUCUGCCUUUCAGCCCCGCCCUAACGCACCUCGCAGCCUGGCCGCCAGCCUGACCCAGAACCCCCGGCCGGGAGGGAGGGGUGGGAAUGUUUGCACGUGGGGCCCGGACGUCCGGGCCGUCUCGGAGCCUGCAUGCAUGGCUGUGUGCGUCGAGGAGCAGCGGCUUUGUUUGUGAGUGUGUGACUCUGCGUUACUGUUACUGUCACUGGGGUGUGUCUUUGACUCUCUGUAGUUCUCAGUGUGUCUGAGUGCAGGUGACUUUAGCUGGGACCCAUGGUGGCUGGGGUUGUGUGGUGCUGUGUAUCUCUGAGACCCAGCCCGCCCCCUGAAGCAUUGCCAGAAGUGCUGUUCUGUUGGAACCGCAGCUGGAGCCGUGGCCCAGGCCAGGCCCUUCCCUGCCAUGCUGGUGCUGGACCCGUCUCCAGGGCCCAGAUGGUCCCUCUUCCCAAAAUCAGAGCCAGCAGUGCUGGGCAGACUCCAGAAAGUUCAUCCCAAUCCUUGAGGUCUUGGAGGAAGGGUGUCUUAUGCCCCACCCUGUAUUUUGACCUCCCGCUUCAGAGGGAAAGAAUCCCAUAAACAUCUUGUUCAUAUUUGGGUCUCUCCUGGGUGCUGAGGGCCACUUCCCUGCCUGGGCCUAGUUGGCCUGGCCUACUUGUCACUGCUACCUGUCCAACUAAACCACUGCCCACCAGGCUCCUGGGAGGACUAACUGAAGUCAUGAGUACCAAGCGCUCCUGCAUGGUAGAUACUCGGUAAAUGGUCACCCCUCCCCAGACCAAGAGUCCUGGGUUGAGGAUGGUGCCCUGUGGGGUGUCUGUUCUCUAGGGCAGAGGUACACAUGUGAGUCUGCAGGUAAAUGUGUUUCCAUUUGGAGGUAUGAACCACCGUGAUCAGAGGCCAUGUGUUCAUGUUUCUGAGAACACACAGAGGUGUGUGUUGAGUCACACGAUAAGGGCGUGCACCUUGAGUGUGAGGGUGCAUGAGGUUGUGCUUGUGUGCAUGUGUGUCAGCAAUAAUGAGGACCGUAUGCAUAUGUGGGUUAGUACUCAGGUGUGUGACGACGUGUGAGUAGUGAGUUGCUGGGGACUGUCCGUGUGUCUCUUUGCAGGUAGAAUGGGAGUCCGUGAGUGUCACAGGGUGUGAGCAGGCCGGCAGCCGGAUGCCCGGGCCCAUCGGGCCGGCCGGCGGCCGCCUGCGGGAUGAGCAGACUGCUGGGGGGCACGCUGGAGCGCGUGUGCAAGGCUGUGCUCCUUCUCUGCCUGCUGCACUUUCUCGUGGCCGUCAUCCUCUACUUCGACGUCUACGCCCAGCAUCUGGCCUUCUUCAGCCGCUUCAGUGCCCGCGGCCCUGCCCGUGCCCUCCACCCAGCUGCCAGCAGCAGCACCAACUGCUCUCGGCCCAACACCACCGCCCCCAGCUCGGGGCUCCCUGAGGCUCCCAGUGCCCGGCCCGGCCCCACGGCUCCCGCCCUGCCUCCCUGUCCUGACUCGCCGCCUGGUCUUGUGGGCCGGCUGCUGAUUGAGUUCACCUCCCCCAUGCCACUGGAGCGGGUGCAGAGGGAGAACCCGGGCGUGCUCCUGGGCGGCCGCUAUGCGCCGCCCGACUGCACGCCUGCCCAGACGGUGGCGGUCAUCAUCCCUUUUCGACACCGGGAGCAUCACCUACGCUACUGGCUCCACUACCUGCACCCCAUCCUGAGGCGACAGCGGCUGCGCUACGGCGUCUACGUCAUCAACCAGCACGGCGAGGACACCUUCAACCGGGCCAAGCUGCUCAACGUAGGCUUCCUAGAGGCACUGAAGGAGGACGCCACGUACGACUGCUUCAUUUUCAGUGACGUGGACCUGGUCCCCAUGGAUGACCGCAACCUGUACCGCUGUGGUGACCAGCCUCGCCACUUUGCCAUCGCCAUGGACAAGUUCGGUUUCCGGCUGCCCUAUGCUGGCUACUUUGGAGGCGUGUCAGGCCUGAGUAAAGCCCAGUUUCUGAGAAUCAACGGCUUCCCCAACGAGUACUGGGGCUGGGGUGGCGAGGAUGACGACAUCUUCAACCGGAUCUCCCUGACUGGGAUGAAGAUCUCGCGCCCAGACAUCCGCAUAGGCCGCUACCGCAUGAUCAAGCACGACCGGGACAAGCAUAACGAGCCCAACCCACAGAGGUUUACCAAGAUUCAAAACACGAAGCUGACCAUGAAGCGGGAUGGCAUCGGGUCAGUGCGGUACCAGGUCUUGGAGGUGUCUCGGCAACCACUCUUCACCAAUAUCACGGUGGACAUUGGGCGGCCCCCGUCAUGGCCCCCUCGGGGCUGAUGCUAAUGGACAAAGGCUCCCAGUGCCAAGGAUUGCCUGCCAGAGGACUGACCUAUAUAGCCUGGCUGGCGGCUACUCUGUGGGGGAUCCCCCAGGACUGAGACUGUGGGCUCUGUUUUCAGAGGGUCUUCCAUAGGCCCCCCCCCCCAGCUGCACCUGGAAGUUUCAGAACCUACUUUGGGGGACUUCCAACCCGGGCCAGCCCCUCCAGUGUGGCCCUCUCUGGGGUCAACCCUUCUUCCUGCCCCUCCCUCCCCAGCCCAGCCCUCCCUCACUGUCAGGGUCGGGCCAGCCCCUGCACUGCCUCACCGAGUGGCCUGGGCUAGGUCACUCCACCUCUCUGUGCCUCAGUUUCUCCCCCCUUGAGUCCCCUAGGGCCUGGAAGAGUGGGAGGUACAACUAGGGGGCAGUAUCGCUUCCAGGGGGAAUUCUCAGACUUGGGUAUCCCCCGUGUUCCCAGGGGAGGGGAAACCUUUUUCAUUCAACAUUGUAGGGGCAAACUCUGGUGCGCCCCCUGCUGAGGAGCAGCCCCAGGAGGGGACCAGAGGGGGUGCUGUGUCGCUGCCCAGGAUCUUGGGGUUGGGCUUUGCAUGGGGGGCGGGUGGGGCUUAGAUCAGUCAGUCUGGUUCGCGCCUCCCUGUCUCAGAGAGAAGGCAGUAGCCCCCAGGGCCGGCCGUUGUUUGUAUAUUGCACAGAAACUUGUGUGGGUGCUUUAGUAAAAAACGUGAAUGGAGCA